AUGUCAGACUUGAAGAAAACAGAUUCCGCCAACGUAUCAAUAAAAUCCACUACUUCGACGCUAGCAAGUAUAAAAUCAAAGGCCACAAGUUUAGGUCAAAAGCUAAAGAAGAAACCUUCAUCGAAAGGUCAUAGCCCGUCUAAAAAGACCACCCAAGUAGAGGCAAUGGCUCACUAUCUAGCUAUGAAAAGUUAA